AUGAGACCUAAGCAAGAUUAUUAAUUCCAUGUUUUUUCUAUUAUUGAAUAUAAUUUUGUUUCUAUUGGAACAGCAAUCCUGUAGAUAUAAACUAUUAUUAUUGAAUUAUAAGACUACAUUCAAAGUAUUAUCGAUUAUUCAAUAAAUGAAAAGAAUUAAAUUAGUUUUUUAGAGUGUGAAAUUUUUGAUUAGGAUUUUAGAAUUCUGGUAUUUCAAAUAAUCAAUCAAGUCUAAAUAAUAAGUCAAAUUCGCAUAAAUAUGUAAAAUUAUUCGAUUUCUUUUAAAGUACACAAAUUACUUAGGCAUGGAUUGGGAAAUCAUUUGAAAUUAUAUUUUUAUAAUAAAAAUUACCUUAUUCUAAUAUCAGACUAAAAUAAAGCCUACUUCUAUGAUUUAAAAGAGCCUCUAAAUUUUAUUGAUUAUUUUGGGGCAAUCAGAUGGAAUAAUGAUUUUUAUUAUCCUUUUAAUACUACACAUUUAUACGUAUUUUAAGCAAAUGCUAGUUAAAUAUAUUUUGGAGAAUUAGGUUAUAAAUUUGAUACAUAGAGUCAGCUUUUUGAAAAUGACACAUUUACCUUGGUGGCUGAGAAUUAGGUAUCUUAAGCUCGAUGCAGGAUAACCAUAAAUUAAAUUGGUGAUCAUUUAGGGGAUAACAAUUUUUAAAUAAAAUUGGUUAUUUUUUUUGUGCUUAUUUUAAUUUUUUAUUUUUCUUUUGAGGAGGAUGCAAUUAAAAGCGCAUCAUCAUCAAAAUUUUGCAAAUACUUCAAAAAUUCGAAGAAUUGA